AUGCUUCAAAACUUAACCCAUUUAAGAGAGCUGUCGUUUUCGUUCGUGAGCAUCUCAUCCGAGUUGAGGGUUAAUUUUUCUUCAUCUUUGACGUAUCUAGACCUCAGAGAUACUGGAAUAAGAGGUAACUUACAGAGUAAUGUUUUUCAUCUGCAGAAUAUGCGAGUUCUAUUGUUGGGUGACAACGAGAAUCUUACAGUUAGUUUACCGAAGUUGAACUGCAGCAUAUUAAAUUCUCUGAGGCUGUUGGACCUAUCGCGUACAAAUUUCUCCGCUGCGUUGCCAGAUUUAAUUGGGUGCAUAGGGUCCUUAAAUUCUUUGGAUCUAAGUUAUUGUCAAAUUUUUGGUGUCAUUCCUGAAUCAACUGGCAACCUUACACAGCUUACUGAAUUGUAUCUGGACAAUAACCAUCUUCGAGGUAAAAUUCCAGAUAAAUUUUCCAUUUCACAAAAGAUAAGUAGUUUGUCACUUGGUCACAAUUUAUUGUCCGGAAACAUUCCUAACUCACUUCUCAACCUUACGCAUCUUGGCAUUUUAGAUCUUUCCAGUAAUCAACUAAGCGGUUCAAUUCCUCCAUCAAUUUUUACCAUUCCGACCCUAUCUUACCUUGACCUUUCAUCUAACCUUUUUACGGGGGUAGGGCAAGACUUGUUUGUGGACUCCAAUAAGCUUCAAAACAAUGCUUUUAACAGUGAAGCACCAUGGAACACUACAAACAAUGUAAGCAUUUCCUAUCCAGAUUUCACGCAAUUGAAAUUGUCUUCUUGCCAGAUAAAAGAAUUUCCAGAGUUUCUUAGAAAUUCAGAGAGUUUAGGUUUUCUGGACCUCUCAAAUAACAUGAUUCAUGGCGAAGUCCCAAGCUGGUUCAUGUCUAAGACUUUGGAUCAGUUGUUAUCCUUGAACCUUUCACAUAACUUUUUGGCCGGUACCAUAGACCAACUUCCUAUUACUCCAUCUUUGGAGUAUCUAGAUGUGAGUUCCAACUCACUUCAGGGCCCAAUGCCUUCUUCUAUCUGUAACGCAAGUAUUCUUAGGAUUCUUGAUUUGUCAAAUAACAAUUUGUCUGGCCUAAUUCCUCAAUGCUUGGGAAACUCCAGCCAGUAUCUAGAAAUUAUGGAUUUGGGAAAUAAUAGGCUUUUUGGCACCAUUCCCACAACAUUUUCAAAAGGAAACUCUUUGCGGUUCCUUGUGUUGAAUGACAAUCAAUUGCAAGGGCCAGUGCCACGAUCUUUAGCUCAUUGUGAACGUCUGGAACUCCUUGAUUUAGGGAACAACAAGAUAGAUGAUAAAUUUCCAGUUUGGUUGGAAACUCUUUCUAAUUUGGGGGUCCUAAUAUUGAGAUCUAAUCGAUUUCACGGAGUAAUUGGCAAUUGUCAGACGAAAAGUCCAUUUCCUCUGUUGAGAAUUAUUGAUGCAUCCCAUAACGAGCUCACUGGUGCUCUACCUACGGAAAUCCUCAACAACUUCGCAGCUAUGAAAAGUUCAGAGGAUGACCAAAAGGAAUUCCAGUAUAUGAAGUCAACUUUCAUUUAUGAUUAUUACAUCCAUUCUGUGGAAUUAUUUAUCAAAGGGGGAGAGUAUAGUCUUGAAAGAGUCCUAAUAGCUCAAACAGCCAUUGACUUCUGA